UACUCGCGGCUUUCAAUUGGAAAACGGACAACUCCACCAGCAUGCCUCAGUAGCCUUCAUUCGCCUCCCUCCCUAUAUAUGCUUCCUCCAAUUUCAUCUCUUCAUCCUUAGACCUGCUUUACUAUCUUAUUCCCCACUAGAUGGCUGCUUUGUGGGCGACUGCAUCCUACUGGAUCCUUUGCUUGUUUCUUGGCAUCUUUUUGUUUCUUGGUGUCUACAAUGAGGAAUAUGGCCAUGUCAGUUUGAGGAAGAAGCCAAAAUACAGCAUGUUGUGUUUCGUUAAUCAAUAUAUCAUACGCGAAUUUUGGAAGAACAAGACAUAUCACUCGAUGCGAAUGAACGUAUUAUUGUUGUUGGCGACGUUCAUGGCAUGAACAACUCGUUACAUAAACUCCUGCACUCUCUAUCUUACCAACCCCAUAAUGAUAUCCUCAUCUUUGCCGGCGAUCUCCUCGCCAAAUCCACGCCACAAGGCUCGUUUUCUUUACUUGAUUUCGUCACAGCGAAUCAAUACCUUGAAGACGCCUCGAUUUCGAGUAACAAGGCGAAUAGGACGAAGAAAGAAAGAAUAUUUGCGGUCAGAGGGAAUCAUGACCACUUAGUCGUCCAAUGGCGGACAUGGCGAGACUGGUUCUCAAAGAUUGAGCUUCACAACAACUCCUCCGACUCUGCAUAUAAGAAAUACAAACAUGCGCAGGACGCUCCUGUCGCCAAUGGUCUCGAUUUCUUGCAUCUUCUUGAAGCCGAGUGGGAACACGAGAAAAGGCACAGAGAGUCAGAUGCAGAAGAAUGGGUCGAAGUGACUCGGAAGAGGGCUGAAGGUACCUGGAAGGAAAAGUGGUGGGAGAGGAUACCGGAACCUGGAAAAGGAAAGAGGAAGCAGGAGUGGAGGAUGUUUGGGGAUCAUUAUUGGCUGGCCAAGGAGAUGACAGCAGAACACGCACGUUACAUCACGUCGCUCCCAUUAAUUCUACACAUCCCAUCCAUGCAUUUCUUCGUCGUACAUGCCGGUUUACUCCCCUACAACACAAGACUACCGCCUUCGGAUCCAAGACAACCUCUAACACACUUACCACCUUCCAAGGAUAAGUCUAUUCCUGACUCCAAUUUAGAUUCUGAUGUACCUUCGGAUUCCGAUGACGAGAGUGAAGACGUUCAAGCAGAGAAUGUGAGGUACAUGCGUAUGAUGCCCACCUUCGUCGUAAUUCCUGGAGUGGGGGCUCUACCAGUCUGGUACCCCGAUUCUCCAUCUACAUCUGCAUCAGGCGAGAUCCGGAUUGAGAAAGACGGGAGGGACGAAGAGAUCUUACGCAGGCUCCAGGAAAGCGCAAUUCUCCAUGAUAUCCCACAAAACAGGAAAUGGUGGAACGUCUUGAACAUCCGUACGAUCAGGAAGAGUGGUAAAAUUAGCAGGGACGGCGACAGGGGCAAGCCUUGGAAUAGAUUUUGGAAUGAUCAGAUGCGGAGAUGCAAAGGAUUUAACCUCUCUGCCUCAUCGUUCCCGUCUUCCUCUUCCCCGUCUAUACGACUUCAAGAAGACUCCUCAGGCACGUAUCCGGACUCAGACUCGGACUCGGAUUCGUAUUCAUUGAGGUGCAGACCUUCGACGGUCGUAUACGGCCACGCUGCUUCUCGAGGACUAGACUUGAAGAGAUGGUCAAAGGGAUUGGAUACGGGUUGUCUGUACGGACGGAGGUUGACUUCUCUUGUCCUGAGUCACACAGAUCCUGGGGCAGGGUCGACCCAAGCGGGUGAUACAGAUGAGACAGAAGAGGAUGCGGAGAGAAGAAAGAAGAAAGGUUGGGGAGAGCGCACCAAGUUUGGUGAAGACGAUUCCGGGAUUUGGGCAAGGAUUCAUAGUAUUCGAUGUCAGGCGCCGGACUUGGAACAGAAGCCGCAGGCAUGACUGGAAUCAUAGUAUGAGUUUGGAUGCCCUCGAAGGGUUCUUUAUAUCUCGAACAGUUUGUUCAUUUUGCAUUAGCUUUGCUUCAUUCCAUAUUUCUACACACGGCUUCACGUCCUAAUAUACUGUAUACUCACAACGCAUUCAUAGUAUAUUAUUCGGUCGCUUUUAGACUGUACGCAUAUAAUCAAGCAUACCCCUUUUCUUUCCUCGAGACAAGUAUUUGACGUCAAAAGGAAUCCACCUGUAAUACGAAAGAAUAAAUAAAAGUAAUAGGCUAACGAGCUACUUUAAACUCUCGGGCUCUUCCCACCCUCAUCAUCACUAUCUCCAACCCCAAAUAUCUCCUCCUGAGGCGUAAACGUCCGUGCCCUCUCCUUACCCUUUCCUUUCGCAUCCCCGUUUCUACGCCGCGCACCACCUUCAAAGUCAU